AUGGCGCCCGCCCCGCCGGUGCAGCAGCCCAGCAAACGCGCCUUGGCCCUGGCCCCGCCACUGCGACCCGAGGGCCCCUCGGCGGCCGCGAGCAUCGUCUCGGCAGUCGUGUCGCUGGUGACGCUGUGUGCGCUGACGGUGUGUCUGACGCGGCGGGCGCAGCGGUGGCGGCGGCUCUCGGUGCCCGGCUGGGUGCUGCUGGCCUUCUACUUGGACUCGAUACUGUUCGUCGUCGUAUCGGCGACGCUGCGGUCGGCGCGGUUGGGCUCGUCGCGCGGACUGUGUCAGGCUGGGAUUAUCGUGUGCCUCUUCUUCUACACGACCGGCAAAGUCCUCAUCUACUACUUCCUCGUCGAGAAAGUGCACGCGGUGCAUCACCCGCGCCGCCCGCGCCGCCGCAACAAGCUCUACCUGUUCAACUGCGUCAGCGCGCUGCUGCCGUACGCCGUGCUCGCCGCCCUCGCCGUGCACUACCGCGUCGGACACCUCGACGCCGACGUCCCUGGCCUUUGCGUGCUCGGUCUGCGGAGACCCGCGCUCAUUCCCCUCAUCGUCGUCGAUGUUGCCCUGUUCGGCUACCUCACCGCGCUGUUCCUGUUUCCCCUGCGCCGCCUCUACUCCUGGGACGACGGGCGGGGCGCGCUGCGUGCGAUUGCGCGGCGGACGUGCGUCGGGAGCGCGGCGGCGCUGGCAGCGACGACGGCAAAUGGUGUUGUGAUGUUGGUGCUUGGUGGGGAGGCGGGGUGGGUGUGCUUCUUGGCGUGCAAUCUCGACAUUCUUUCCUCGGCGCUCGUGCUCUACUGGGUCACGUCGACGGACGAGCACAAGGACAGCAGCGACAGCGUGAUGGCGACCACGGCCGCUGCUGCCGGAGCGCCUACUAUCAAGCAGGUUGCGGGUGGCGAUUCGGUGCGCUCGUCGUUGGCGGGGGAGACGGAGCGGUCCAUGUCGGAUAAUUUCGACUUUGGGCUCGGUGGGCAGCGGUAUCCGGAGCAGGUUGUUUUUAAAACGGAUGUUUUCCGGUGA